GCUCACAAAGUUGCGCUCGGGCCAGGCGAGCAGGCAGAGUCCUCCCGGCCGCGCGGGGGAGGAGGCGACGCCAGCGCCGCGGGAAGCUGCGAGCCCGCCGCCGCCGCCGCACACCUUGCUCAGGGAGGCGCCCGGGGCGACCCGAGGCCAGCAGCCCGCUCUGCCCGCUUCCAGGGCCACCAGCGCGGAGGUCCUGAGCAGCCCUGCAGCAGGAUGGCCUCUCCAGGAGCCCCGGGGACCCGCAUGACCUCUACCGUCAGCAUCAACAUCUCCACUCCAAGCUUCUACAGCCCCCAGAAAAAGUUUGCGCCUGUUGUGGCUCCCAAGCCCAAAGUGAACCCCUUCAAGGCCGCCAGCAGCGCAGUGCCUGAAAGUGCCUCCGAGCAACCUCUCCCUCCCUAUCCUGGGGCCUGUGCCCAAAUUGGGAAGGUGGGGGAGAUCCCAGUUGUGGCAGCAGUUCCCCUCGCUGAAGAGCUUCCACUGCCGCCCCCGCCCCCACCGGGCGAAGAGCUGGUUGCCCCCUCCAACAGUGCAUUCCCUCCCCCUCCGCCUCCCUUUGAGGAGCUGUUCCCGCCGGCUCCAGAAGAUGUCUUUCCUUCUCCUCCCCCUCCCCUGCUGGAGGAGGAGCCUGUGGCCCUGAGUGGGCUGCCAGCCCCCCAGGGGCAGGCUCAUGGAAAGAUGAGCAGCAUCGAUUUGGAGAUAGAUUCUUUGUCCUCAAUGCUGGAUGACAUGACGAAGAACGAUCCCUUCAAAGCCCGGAUCUCUCCGGGAUCCGUGGCUCCUGUGGGUGCAGCUUCUGGCUCUGCAAGUUCUCCAGAAGCCGUGGCCACACCUAGAGAGGCUCCAGCUCCAGUUUCCGCACCCCCCAGUGCUGCCUCCAACGCCAGCGGGAGCUGCGUGCCCAAGCCCCUGGGAGAAACUGCUCCUGCCCCUCCCCCGUGGGUCGCCUUGAAGCAGCGCAGAGACUUGCCCCCCACGCAGCUCCCGGGCCCACCACCUCCUGCUCCCGCUCCCGCUCCGCCAGCCUUGAGGUACAUGCCUCCUCCCCUGGCCACCGGCCCCAAGUUCGUACCCAAGCCAGCUGCUGGGGCUCCUUCAAGCUUUCCAAGACAGGCUGCCUCGUCCCCUCUGCAGCCUCGCUUCCUGGCUUCCUCCGGGGCAGGUCCAGCCCAGAAGCCCCAGCCGCCGCCCCCCGCCUUCGCCUACGCGCAGCACCGGGAGAAGCCCCAAGUUCAGGAGAAACUGCACCCUGCUGGACAGCAGCCGCCUGCCCCACGAGACACGCGCACCCCCAUAUCCUCUGCAAGCACCGGACCAGAUCCUCCCAGAGGCAGCUCUGCUUUGACCAUGAAGGAGGUGGAGGAGCUAGAGAUGCUGACUCAGAAGUUCAUGAAGGACAUGGACCAACCCCACCAUGCAGAAGCUUCCACUUUUGAACUGUGUGGUCUGUGCAACAAGGCCCUGUCGCGGACCCAGCCAGCUGUCCGGGCCUUGGACAAGCUUUUCCACGUCGAAUGUUUCACCUGCUUCAAGUGCGAGAGGCAGCUGCAGGGGCAGCAGUUCUACAAUGUGGAUGAGAAGCCCUUCUGCGAGGAAUGCUAUGCGGGCACCCUGGAGAAGUGCUGCGUGUGCAAGCAGACCAUCACAGACAGGAUGCUGCGGGCCACAGGCAACUCUUACCACCCCCAGUGCUUCACGUGUGUCGUGUGCCACAGACCCCUCGAGGGAGCCUCCUUCAUAGUGGACAAGGGUAACCAGCCGCACUGCGUGGAUGACUAUCACAGAAAAUACGCCCCCCGCUGCUCCGUCUGUGCAGAGCCCAUCAUGCCAGAACCCGGGAAGGACGAGACGGUCCGUGUGGUGGCCCUGGAGAAGAACUUCCACAUGAAGUGCUACAAGUGCGAGGACUGUGGGAAGCCCCUCUCCAUUGAAGCAGAUGACAAUGGCUGUUUCCCCCUGGAUGGCCACGUGCUGUGCAGGAAGUGUCACACCAUGCGGGUCAAAGCGGCAGCCUGAGGACCCCGGAUCAGGAGAUGCCCGUGGCGUGCCUGCCUCGCCAGUCCUCAAGCCCCUGCGCUCUGCCUGUGCUCCCUGCCCCCAUUCCUCAAAUCAUGGUGCGUUUUUACCUAGAGAGCGCCUCUCUUUCUACCCGAGGGCUUCCCUGCUUUUUGGUUAUUGUUGCCCCUUCUAAGACAGGGUCUUCCUUAACCCUUUGCUUACUCUGGCCACAGUAUAUUAUUCUAGGUACUGUGGGAAGUGACUUGGAACCGUGUCUUUGUAUAAACCCUGCAGUCGUCUUCUUCUCAGUAAUAAAGUAAUCCUUGAAAAAAGAAAAAGGCUGGAGUCUUCCAACCUGCCACUUCCUCUGUUCAGACUUGGGGCAUGAAACUGCUGCCUGUAGUUUUACUUCCCUGGUAUGACGGGGCAGAAUCUUUGCAGCACGGGUUGGCGAUGUGCAUUACUCUCCCGGUGGUUCUUUUGUAUUGGGCUCACUUGUCUUAAUGCUUCUUCUUGCCAGUGAGAGAGCCUUUGGCUCUUGGAUUAAUGGACCAGUUUUCUGCUUCAGUUCUCCAGAGCUAAGGUGGUCCCAGUUUUUGUCCAGUAUAAAGCUUUGGCCUAGGCACCUCUGCACAACAAACUCUCCAAAGGACUUCCUGUGUGUCGUAAGAGUUCGUUAUUGGAACUGCAGUGUGAUCAGAAAUUACCCUAAAUGGCUGUUGAGAGAGAAGGCGGUGGGUGCCUUCUGAGUCCCCGCGAAGACUGCUUCCACCGUUUUCUGAAUGGUUGCUGCAUGCAGCCAGAGCCCUGGAAUUCCUUAGCAUGGUCGACUGAGCAGAGCCUCCGUUCCUAAUCUGCGCCGAGCAGGCGUUUUGGAUAUUGUCUUGUCCCAGCCACUGUUUUGCAUCAAUAAACUUUGUGAGUUUUUUCCAUUGUA